CUUUCAUUGUAUGAAAGUCUAAGCACGUGAUUCAAGAAUUUUGUGAUCAAAAUUUAAAAAUUGUCAUUUAUGAAUCAUGGAUGAAUCAGUACAAAUCAUUGAUAAAAUAAUCGAAAUUAAUGUGCAUAAAGUAAAAUUACAAUUCAUUAGAAUUUAUCAAACCUUUAUGGUAUGGAUUGGCGAUCCAUCAGAUCCUAAAUUCGAAAGUUUAGCAAUGGCUGUAUGUGAUAAUUCGACAUCGAUCAUUGCCAAUCGACAACAAUUGGAUUCAAUUUCCGAUCAAGAAAUGGCCAAAAAAUUGAGCCAUCGUUUCAAUAAUAAUCGUCCAGUAUAUGUUGCAUACAACUACUUACCAGCACUGGCUGAUACUGAUUUGAAAUUGCAAAUUGACCAACAAUUGAUCGAAUUUAUUCGAUCCAUUCAUCAUAAAUCUUGAUUAUUAAUUUUUUUUUGUCAAUAAAUUAAAUUAAUUUUUGUUGAAUUAUAUUAAUAUUGAAUAAAAACCCGCUUUAGCAUUGAUU